GAUAGCGCUUCCGCCAUAUGAUGGAGAUAUGGGGCCAGUGAGCCGCGUAGCGCUGCAGCACACAACUUGACAGCUUGAUCCUGAUCAUAUCGUCGACAUCCCGAGUUCCAACACCGAUAUGUCUGCCAUCACGCAUCUUUCCGUUCUCAUCGUCGGUGCCGGCCCUACAGGCCUAGUGCUAGCAUUGACGCUCGCGCAGAACGGGAUACCUAUCCGCAUCAUCGAGAAGGACAUCAAGUACCACGUCGGUCAGCGCGGCGCUGGUAUUCAGCCCAGAACGCUCGAGGUGUUCAAAUUACUGGGCGUCUUGCCUGAUGUCUUGGAGAAAGGUAUACCUCUCCUUCCGAUAAAUACCUACAAGCUCCCAGGCGAUGUCGAGGUGAAGACGACAACACGUUUGGUGCCUGAGCUGGAGCCGACGCCAUCCGAACCAUAUAUCAACCCAUGGACGCUUGGUCAAGCAAACACUGAAGCUAUACUGCGCAACCACUUGAAAAGGAUCGGUCACCGAGUCGAACUCGGUACUGAGCUGCGCGACUUCGAGCAGAGGGCGGACUAUAUCACAGCACAUAUUGCGCGCGAAGACGGAGGACAAGAGUCGAUCGAGAUUGUCACUUGCCACUGGCUAGUAGGAGCAGAUGGUGGAAAAAGUACUGUACGCAGACAACUGGGCCUGACGUUCCUCGGCGAGUCACUCGCAACUGAGAUAAUUAUUGGUGAUGUUGAGGUGGGGGGUGUGGACUAUGAUCAUUGGCAUGUAUGGCGCGGUCCGCUCAUGCCGAUGGUGUCUCUGCGUCCGACCGAGGAGAAAGGCUUGUGCGCCUUUUCCGUAUCCGGCCAGGUGGACUACGAGAAGAUCAUGGUGGAUGACGAAGAGCUGUUCAAAGCGAUACGGAAGGGUUCCGAUAGAGGCGACCUGCGAUUUGGCACAGUCCGCUGGAAGUCGAACUAUAGGCCAGCUUCAGCCUCCCUUCUCUCGACGUUCACGGAGGAGCGCCUGCCCGUCAUCAAAUUCAUGAUUGAAGAGACAUCCUCCCUCUUCCGCCAGACUUUUAUGAAGGCAUCCGAAAAUAAGGAUGGCUGGCAGCGCAGGGACCACAUGCGGCAGCUCGGCGUGAACUACCGCUGGAGCUCGAUCGUUCUAGAUGAGCGAACUCCUGCGAGUGCCCCGGAUGCCGUGAAGGAACCUGUGGAUGUGUAUGGUAUCAAUAGUGACGGCGUGCCGAGGGCAGGAGACAGAGCCCCUGAUGCUCCUGGCUUGGUUGACGUUCAGAGCCGCGACGUUGACUCACAACCAACCUCCCUCUUCGACACCUUCUCGCUGACUCGCCACACAGUUCUCAUAUUCUCUCCCGACGACACAGAGGCUGGCCUCGUGCUGGAGGCUGUGAGGUCCUACCCGAGGGAUCUCGUACGGUCUGUGGUAGUAUGCCCGCGUCAUGCUCUCGCCACCUCGAGCAUUGGCGGUGCGGACCUUGCGUUGAUAGAUCGUGACGGGCAUGCCUACUCUACCUAUGCCGUAGAGACCGAUGCUUUCACGAUCGUCGUAGUUCGGCCAGACGGAGUCAUCGGUGCUAUCGCGACAAGUGUUGAAGGUGUGAAGAAAUACUUUCGCGACGUUUUUCUGCGUUGGACUGAGGUUGAGGAUAACCAUUGGAUGAAGGAGCUUCUUUUGAGGCAGAAAUAAGAUGAUCGAUCAGAACAAAUCCUUAUAGGUGCUGAGAUGAAUGAGUCGGAUGUUUGCUCGCCGUAUAUCCCGUUAUUGUAUAGUUGUGCUGAAGUUCGCUUACUUUCUUCGUUGCCAUAUGAAGCGCGCGGUAUCAUGUUCAUUGUUAUAAAUCCUCCCAGUGAAGUUCAAGCUAGCUCAACAUCUGCAACUUUGGCUUCGUCUCUCCUUGUUGAGAUUCCCAGCCAGC